GAUAUUUUAAUAUUUGACAGCGGCUACUUUUCUUCGCUAAUUUGACAGAUAGUCUAUUCUCUUUUUCGGCGAGCGUCGUUGGUGUAAGCUCGCCAUCAUGGUGAACAACCGCGUACCUUCAGUCUUUUCGAAGACGUAUGUCACGCCGCGUCGUCCUUUCGAGAAGGCGCGUCUCGACCAGGAAUUGAAGAUCAUCGGUGAAUAUGGUCUCCGUAACAAGCGCGAAGUGUGGAGAGUCAAGUACACGCUCGCUCGCAUCCGUAAGGCUGCUCGUGAGCUCCUAACUUUGGAAGAGAAGGACCCUAAACGUCUUUUCGAAGGCAAUGCCCUUCUCCGUCGUCUGGUGAGGAUCGGAGUGUUGGAUGAGAAGCAGAUGAAGCUCGAUUAUGUGCUUGGUCUCAAGAUUGAGGAUUUCUUGGAGCGCAGGCUUCAGACCCAGGUCUUCAAGGCUGGUCUUGCUAAGUCUAUCCAUCACGCCCGCAUCUUGAUCAGACAGAGGCACAUUCGUGUCCGCAAGCAAGUGGUGAACAUCCCGUCCUUCAUUGUCCGCUUGGACUCUGGCAAGCACAUCGACUUCUCUCUGAAGUCGCCCUUCGGCGGUGGCCGCGCCGGUCGCGUCAAGAGGAAGAACUUGCGCAAGGGACAGGGCGGUGGCGCCGCUAACGAUGAGGAGGAGGACUAGGCAAUAAAGAUUUUUAUUAACUA